AUGGUUGGAAAAUGCCUGUUUGUCGGUAUUGUCGUGCUUAUCUGCAGCUGCUUAGGUGCUGCAGGCCAACCGGCACGACCGCUUUUCGUUAAGUUCGCGGGCUGUUCGAGGCCCUCCUUCUUCCCUCAGGUGUCGACACAGACUUACCGGCAGCACUUGGUAAAAACCCUCAUGCAAGUGUUUCGUCUCCGCCAUCCCAAUGAAGCUGUGGGAGGGCCCCAAGUAAUGGCAGCCUGUGCACAGGCAGCAGCUCUUUUAGAUGCAUACCGCAGCGUCCACUCGGCUUAUUUAGAUUACCACAUGCAACACGAUGCACAAUCCGGCAUGUCCGAGGAUAGCGCCGCCUGGAUGGCAGGGAGCUUCAACCUCAUACUGCAGGAAGAUCAGGCCGCUGCCAGCGACGAAAAUAUCAGGAAGGGGCUGAAGUGGUGUAUCGAUUCAACCCUAGUUGUUCAGAAGAUCCUGUCGCAACGGGCUCUUACGGAAGCCAACGAAAGCCCUACAUCGCCUGGGAAUGCCUUCAACAACUUGUUGGAGGCCUCACGCGCUGCUGGUGCUUCGCACACACGCCGCGUUGCCCAGUAUCUUCUGUCGAGAUGCCACGAUGAGGUAAAAGAGACGUCCGCCCAGGUUCAUGCUUGGGCAGCACUCAGCAUUGGGAUUGCAGAAACCUUCUUCAGAAGACAAUUGACCUGUGCAAUCAACUCACAGGAAGGCUCGGAAACGGAUCGCAGUCUUUUGAAAGCUGUGUUGUCAUUAAGCUGGGGGUCCAUGACAAUAGAAGAAGUCCUAGAACCUCAUACGCUCCUCGUGCAGGCCGUAAGAAGCGUCGUUAAGAGCAAGUUGCUAACGGACUCUGACAAGAAACGCGUGCAGAAAAACUGUUCCAGGAUUGGUAUGCCACAAAUGAAACCGUUUUCUCCAUCUGAUAAGGACCCACAGACCUUUGAUGAGGUGGUUGUCUCCUUGUACUCGGUUCCUUCAAGCGAAGGCAAUGAACCUGGCCAUGGUGAAGACGGCGGCGGCGAGACACACGACGAACAUUCUGGCAGCAAUGGACACCCAGAACCCCGCAUAGGUUCCCUAGACGAAGCUGCAGGACCGAGCGGCGAACAACCUUUUCCGCGGGGCCCGCCACCUCCAACCCCUCCGGCGGUACAUCGAGGAAAUCCUCCUUUGCAGGCCAAGGAGGAGGAGCGUCCUCAUCAGUCAGUUGUCAUAAUACCGUCAGACAAGAACGAGGAAGCGAACAAUCCGCAGGAGACUGAGGAGGCACAGGCCACUACCCAGGAGGAAGGAGCACAAUCAGAGGGAGUUGCAGUGGAACCAACUGGGCCACCGCCUCAAGACAAGGAACAGCCAAGUGCAGAAGGAAACCAUGUGGAGACGGUGGAAGAUAAGCAUCCAUCAGGGAUUUCGCCCAUUGUUGUAGUGGCGCCUCCCUCACUCAAAGAACACGAAUCGCCCAAGCCAACGCCGUCCCCUGCAAAGCAAGGCCAAGAUGGUCCUCAUGAAGGCUCUUCUCCCGGGAAGCCUCUGAUGCCACCUACGAACCCCCACGAGGAGUCAUCUGAACAGAAAGAAAAAAGCCCCGAAGCCCAUCCUCACCCACUUCCUACCCCUCAUGAGCACCCCGAAGAAAAUGUUGAACGGGAGCCGAAACCGGGAAAAAUCCUGCCCGACCGCAUCAAAGUCAGCUCCGCAAGCUCCCGCUUCCCUGAGAGGACAAGUGGUGGCGCCAGCCCAAACGUUAAACGCUCUCCUUCAGAUAAUUACAUUCCACGUAAAGAAGUGAAGCCCAGACCCAGAAGUGCGGACCUGUACAGCCAUCGACUGCUAGCAAACGUAGGCUCAGAUGCAGCCACCCAAGGCGGAAAGUUCGACCAGCAAGAAGACUAG